AGGUUCUAGAUAUUGAUCUAUCGUGGAGAAUGCACAAAGCAUCUGAUGGUCAGAGAAGAAGGGUGCAAAUUUGUAUGGGUCUCCUACAACCAUUCAAGGUUCUUUUGCUUGAUGAAAUCACGGUUGACCUAGAUGUCCUUGCAAGGGCUGACCUUCUGAGAUUUCUCGAGAAAGAAUGCGAAGAGCGAGAUGCUACAAUAAUCUAUGCAACACAUAUAUUUGAUGGUCUUGAGAAUUGGCCAUCUCAUAUUGUUUACGUGGCUCAUGGGAUGUUGCAACUAGCAAUGCCAAUGGAUAAAGUUAAGGAGAUUAGCAAUAUGUCACUAAUGAGAACAGUAGAAAGCUGGCUGAGGAAAGAAAGGAAUGAGGAACAGAAAAGAAGAAAAGAGAGAAAGGCACAUGGGCUUUCAGAGUUCAGAAAACAAGUUGAGGGCACUCGUGUGACUGGGGAUCCAGCCCUUGCAGCUGUCCGUACAUUGAACAAUGGUUGGGCUGCUGGAAGGCUGCAUUCUACGAUUGCUGGGGAAGAAAAUUUUGUCUUCAGCUCAAACAGGGUUCUUCGACAGUAGUCUAGCGCAACUCAACACUACGCCUCUACAAUUUCUGGACCUUACUGGUAGAACAGUCAACCACCCAAAUGAAUCCUUUUGCUAACCUUAUCUUCUGUCACAAUUUGCUUAAAGUCAUACGCAAUAGAGUCUCAAAAUAGGAUUCUUUGUUGUAGUUAGUCCAUAUCUCUGAAUUUAUGAUGUCCUACUAGUGCAAUUAUAGUUUUUGCUUAUUAAAGCUUGUAAGGAAAUAUUUCUCAUUAUAAAUGUUAUAUCAUGCAUUUUUAAUCCCACAAUUGUGCCAAUUUAGAAGGCAGUAGAGUACCAUGUCUGUUGUCGUAGUGGAACUAACAGCUGCAUCAGGACAAGUGUAUUAUCUGAAAUAAGUGUACUGAU